GACACAUUUCCUGGUACAGUCGGCAGCGGCUCUCCCACAGCUCACAACACCGCAGACUGAGCGACCUGGCCGGGCAUCUCUCUCUUCUCCUCUCCGGCGGCGGACACUCCAAAAAAUCUCUCCGGCCACCAUGGCCCGAUUCGCUGCAUUCGUUUCGCUCCUCGCCGCUGGGAUCGUCUUCCAGCUGUCACAUGGCGUUGAAGUGAACGUCACAGACAAAGAGGGCAAGCUCUGCCUCUAUGCCAACCUCAUGGUCAACUUCUCAGUCUCGUAUCCAGCUGGAGAGAAGAUUGACACAGUUGAGUUCGAACUUCCAAGUGAAGUCACAACCAAUGGAAGUGAAUGCGGCGCCACAAGCUCAACGCUGAAGCUUAAUUUCGGAGACGGGCGCUCCUGGAGUGUGAACUUCACCAUGGAUGGAAAUGUGUACCAGGCAGACUACAUCACCUUUUCCUACAACCUCAGUGACACCACUGUCUUCCCUAGCUCUGGAUCAAAUGAAACUGCAUCCGUGACCGUGAAGUCUCAGAUUACAAACGUGGGUGUGGAUACCUGCUACUCGUGCAACAGUAAAGACAUGAUACUUACUGAUAUGGUCAAUAUGACACUGUCCAGCGUGCUCAUACAGGCUUUUGUGAGUGAAGGCAACAAGAGUGAAAAUAUAACAUCUUGUAGUGCGGAUCAACCCGUAACCUCUCCUCCCCCGACCACUCAAGGCACCAAUGCAACCACCCCAGCUCCUGUCACAAACGCCACUUCCACUGCCCCUCCUCCUACCACCACCCCAACGCCCACCCUCCCUCCUCCCAACACUGGGAAGUACAGCGUCAACUCGGACAACACCACAGUCUGCCUGUUGGCCGACUUUGGCCUGCGGAUCAGUAUCAAGCAAGGAGAGACGUAUCAGGAGAUGAACCUCGAACCCAACAAGACCACGGCAUCUGGAUCGUGUGGAGUCAACAGCAGCGAGCUGCAGUUGGUGUCAAGCACUAUGACCAUCAUGUUGACCUUCAUUAAUGACACAGCAAAGUUCCGCCUGCAUGCCGUCAACUUCACCGCAAAGACGGGCUCUGGUGUGGACUUUAAUGCGGUGAACACCAACCUGACUCUAUGGGAGGCGGCCAUCGGCAGCUCCUACAUGUGCAACAAGGAGCAGAACUACACCAUCACCAACCUGCUCAGCUUCUACACCUUCAACCUGCGAGUGCAGCCCUUUGGAAUCGCAAAGGGGGUUUUCAAUACAGCCCAUGAAUGUUCAUUGGAUGACACCAGCAUCUUAAUCCCAAUCAUUGUUGGCGCUGCUCUGGCUGGCUUGAUUCUCAUUGUAGUGGUCGCUUACGUGAUUGGUCGAAGAAAGACUUAUGUCGGAUAUCAGACCCUUUAAAUCACUCCUGAAAUAUCACGGGGCUCCCAAGCCUGGUCCUUGGGGGUUUUAAAUAAAAACGUCAGCUGACAGACGGAGAGAGGAGAACCCCCAUAAUCUAAAAUAAACAAAGUCUCUUCAGGAAAAAACUCAGAAAAAUGAAAUUUUACUGUCUUUUGAUAUUGGAGAUAUUAGACAUGAGAUGCUUUCAUAGCAUUUUUUGAAUUACAGUCACCUCAAGGGUCUUGUAAAGGUGGAGGGUUUGGUGUAAUUCUCAAGGACCAAACUUGUUUACCCCCAAUUUUUAUGUUCCUUUCUGUUGACUUCUGGAUAUUUGUCUUUUUCUUUUUUUUGUUGUGUUUUCAUUUUUUGUUGAUGAGCAAGUGCAAGACCCACCUCUCCAAAUUUUAAAUAAUCACAGUCACAUAAAAAGUGAUUUUCCGUAUGCAGUAUAUAGAAGUGAUACCGGUACUGUCGGACUUCUACAUUUAAAAAAAAAAAGUCCCUGAACAUGAAUUUUUAUUUUAUUUUAGUAAAAGAUUUGUGACAGUCUGUUGCAGUGGGAUCCUGCACUUGCUCCGCAGACAUUCCCCCUUUUGUUUGCAUUUGCCAUCAUUUAAUCUGUGUGUACAUUUGAGUUUUAACUUCCUUUUUAUGGUUUGACUUUUCAUCCCAGUAAUUAUUUAAAUUGAGACACAUAGGAAUCAUAAUUUCACCUCAGAUUUCAUUUCAGAACAUUUCCUUAACAAAAAACGAAGGAAGAUGGUCAAGUAGCUUUUUUUCUUUGUUCUAUGAAAUUCAUUUGAAAGGACGAAGGUCUUCUUUCUUUGUUGCUAAAGGAAAUAUGCUUUAGCCCAUGUUUGCCCCUGCAGAGCAGGAGAAACAUUGGAAUAAUUGUCCUGUUUUGUAAACAUGUAAAAUCAAAGUGUGAGUUGUUUUAACGUCUAUAAACCUUUUUCAUGGACGACAUUUAAACAUAGAUCAAGCAGUAAAAGUCCUGGUGGAGCUAAUGACACAACAGUGGCUGAUUCACACACAAAUGUCAAACUGAUGGGAUGAAGCUGUUGUUACUGUUAUUAAUCACACCUUUACUCUUCCUGCUAAACAAUGACAACAUGUCUGCUGUUAAAAGGGUCUGUUACAUUUGCACAUGUUGCAGCCAGAGAGUAAGUCUGAGAAGAAGGGUUAGCUUUUUUUUUUUUUUUCUUUCCCUCGAUAUAUUUUGGCAUUAGGUUCAGAAAAAGGGAUCGAUAGUACUAUUGUGUCACUUUCAGCACAGACAAUUCUGAAACGAGGAUAUUUACAUAUAAAUGCACUAAGACGCUCUUUACCUUUUGCUUUGUGUUGAGACUGUUGUAGCAUUGUUUCACCUGUGUAGAGGCCUGAGCUCUGAGGGCUGCCGCUGGACCAGGGGACGUUAAAGACCCUGAAAACUCUGUAUCAAAUCUGAAGCAUUACAUCAUAACUUCUAAAAAUAUCUUUGAGUUUAUGAAGAAGUUUACCAAAGGAAUAGUUUUACAUUUAGGGAACUUAUUUGUUUUCUUUUCAAGAGUUUGAUGAGAAGAUUGAAGAUGAAGCCAGGAGCUGUUAGCAUGGCUUAGCACAAAGACUGGAAACGGAGGGAAACAGCUAGCGUGGCUCUGACGAGUAGCUUGGUAGUGAGCCUGGUAUGAAUUCUCUUUCAAAGGAAUUCAAAAUGUGGAAUUAUUCCUUUUAUAAUCUCAGCUCGUCUGCCUAUUCAAAACCGUGUGGGAGCAACACGGACAAAAAGACGAAAGUCCCCACACAUCUCUCAAAUAUUACCAAAUCCAGAAUGGUGCAGUGAAAUCAAUGAUCUGAUCUCAUGUGACAUAGACGUAACAGAGAAUGUUUCUAUUUUGGAGCCGGGCACACGCAGUGAGAAGGUGAAAAUAGGUUUUCAGGGCCUUCGUAAACGAGGCAGCGUAGGUUUCAGUGAAGCAGCGUCAGGGAUGCAGGCAAGCCCAUGCACGCGUGUAUCUGUAACGAUAGAGAGCUGAAGUGACACGUGGUAGUAGCUGCUUAUUUUUGCUUGAUUCUUGCAGAGUGUCGUGUACUGUUUGACUCGUUGCAGCUCUUCAUUCAGAGCUGGAGCAGAGCAGACGGUAAACGACACUGAGGAUGAAAACUAAGAGAAAUGAGUUGGAUCUUUAAGUUGCAUUUGAUAUAGUCUUCCCCAGGACGUUGUGCGUGUGUAUGAAUAACUUUGCUAUAAUUAUCAAACAUGAGCUUUGACUUUCUGCUUGUGAUUGUUGCUGUCGUGUGUAUUUCAGCUUUGUGUAAACUCAAUUGCCUUAAUUAUAAAGAUGCUCUUGCAGCACCAGUAUGAAUGUUAAAAGGUAUGUGUGUCCCUUGUUCUCAGUGAACCAUCUAACCGGUUCUUCCAUCAGGAUCACUGUGCCUUUCUCAAUAAUGACUGUUUUUUUCUUUUUUCAUUCAUUAACUCAUUGAUGCUGUUGAGAUUCUCGCCCACUAUGAUUCGGCUCUUUUUGUUUUAUUCCUCCUCUCCACUGAGAACAUUGCACACACAUGUUCAGCAAAGGGAAUUUGUGCUGCAAGAGCAUCUUAUUAAAGAUCAAUUCAUGUGCUCUGUGGAAACAAAGUGACUGUUGAUUUCAUCUCCAAUCCCUCUCGCUGUUAGCUCUAAUAAAUUUGAUUUCAAAUUGUGUGUCGGACUCAAGUGGAGCUUUUUAGCAUUUUAAGAUUUCUUGAAAUAAAAAUGUGUCCUGGA